AUGAAACUACUGUGGUGUUUAAGUUUUUGUUUAUACCACCUAGCUGUGGCAGCUUAUAGAGAACAGGAAGUUAUUCAGUACGUAACGAAUGUAACUUACGCUCUCACCGCACGCCGCACAGGGACAUUCAUCUGUUGGUUGCUUCAGUUCAGCCGUGCUAAGUCUGUAGAACAGCUUUAUAACGCUUUGAUCAGAGGCCUUUCCGUAGAUGAACAAGUGACGAUCUUGCAAGCUGAUCACACCACCGUCCACAACUCAACGUACCGUGCUCCCAACAUGGUGGCCAUUACGCUCGAUGUACUGGACGAGGACCUCGAUGUGGAUAAUAUUGUAACCUGGCUUCAAGCGAUUCCCGUCGCUUGCUUUGUGAUACUAUUGUACGUGCACACAAUCGUCGAUCUUGUAGUACCAAUUGCAAACACCUUCGAAGCGCAUGCCAUACUCAACUUCAUCAUGAUCGCUGUUAAUGAGAAUUUAAUGUAUACGUUUCACGGCACGCCACCGCAAGCGAUUAUACACACGGGAUAUCCGUCCCCCGAAGCCAUUCUAUACGAUCGACUGAGUGCAUUAAAAGUGGGCGAUAUAUCUGCUGCAUACAUAAAAGAAAUAUACACUUAUCCACUGGAAGAUACCGUUCCCGGAGAAGAUAUUCAGCUUUUUAAACUAUUCUUCCAGACGCUGGGUGUGCAACUAACCAUGAAGGCAAUGGACUGUAAUCUGUGGGAAUCUUAUGUGCAGUGCUUGAACAAUCAACACGACACGGUUAUAUUUGUGAAUCGAUUUAUGCCGUUUUGGUACUCGAGUUUAUUGAUCGAUGCUAUCGAAAUGUACAAGUACGGCAUACUUGUUCCAAGCGGUCGUCUUCUUACCAUGGUGGAAAUCUUUGCAUUGCCUUUCAACGCGGAUGUGUGGAUAUUAGUUGCCGUUUUGUGCAUAUUUUUUUACAUUGCACACCGUUUCAUUCCAACAAUUUUCCAGAACAAUCUGAUCCUGGUCGCGAUAUUCGGCUGGGAAAAGCGUAAAUUGCGAUUAAGUGGUCUGUGUGAAAAACUGUUCGCCAUCGCUUUGAUCGUACUGUUUUUCCAGCUGAUGUGCGUCUACGAAACAAUCAUUAUCUCGAGCAUGAUAAACCGACCGGUCCAACGAAGCCCAGAAAGUGUGGAGGAUUUCCUUACUACCAAUGUGGAAGUACUGUAUGAUUCGAAAAAGAUAGAUAUUGAAAAUUUCAAAAUGAAUAUUAAUGGCAUGGUCUUAAGAUCAGCUAGCAGUUACGCAGCGCUGGAAAACAAGGCAUAUUUAAGUAGCCUCCAUUCAUUGGAGCUUUUUUCAAAGGAUGUAACGAACAAUGAUCAUUUUACGGACCGCCCUCGACAUGUCAUGCUGAAGCAAACUGUUUGGGAAAGUAUGGCUUUCUACUAUUUUCGAGAGAAAUCAAUAUUUGCUGACCGGUUCGCCAGAUUUCGACGAUUGGCAUUUGAAGCAGGCUUUCAACGGCAUUGGAGGCUGGAGUUAUUAUUGCAUUUUACGCGCAAACAAAAUUUAGCGUACCACAGCAUGGUUAAUCGUGAAAAUAACAUUUUAAAGUGGGAUAAGAUUUCACCUAUAUUUAAAGUGCUGUUGAUCGUAUGGAGUGCAUCGAUUCUAGUGUUUGCUAUUGAAAAUUGUGUUUUCAUUCUUAAAAUUAAAUGUUGUGUUAACAUGCGCUAG